GGCGGGUUGGCGGCGGCAAGAUGGCUCCCAAAGGGAAAGGCGGCGGCAAGGCGGGCAAGGGCGCUGACGGCGGCGGCGGCAGCGAGGGCAAAGCGCAGGGCCCGAAGGGAGGCGGCAGCGCCGUGAAGGUCCGGCACAUCCUGUGCGAAAAGCACGGCAAAGCCAUGGAGGCCAUGGAGAAGCUCAAGUCCGGGCAGCGCUUCAGCGAGGUCGCCGCUCAGUACAGCGAGGACAAGGCCAGGCAAGGGGGAGACUUGGGCUGGAUGACCAGGGGCUCCAUGGUGGGACCAUUCCAGGAAGCAGCGUUCGCCUUGCCCGUGAGCAGCAUGGACAAGCCAGUGUAUACUGAUCCCCCCAUCAAAACAAAGUUUGGGUACCACAUUAUCAUGGUGGAAGGCAGAAAAUAAAAUGUGAAUGACUGUGA